AUGUCGACCGUCAAGAAGCGCAAGAUUGCCUACAAGGAACCGGAGAACCACAGCGAACCCGAGUCCUCAUCUCAUAAGCCUGCCAGCGACAAUGAAGUACCAGAGGAAGAAGUCCCACGCGAGACACCAAAAACCUUCAAAGAGCUAGGAAUCAUCGACCAACUAUGUGAAGCAUGCGAGACCAUGGGAUACAAGGCUCCCACUCCGAUCCAGGCGGAGUCAAUCCCUCUUGCUCUCCAGGGCCGCGACCUCAUCGGACUCGCUGAAACUGGAAGUGGAAAGACCGCAGCUUUUGCACUCCCCAUUCUCCAAGCUCUCAUGGAUGCUCCCCAAUCACUCUUCGCUCUCAUCCUAGCACCCACCCGUGAACUGGCAUACCAGAUCUCACAGUCCUUUGAAAACCUGGGAUCAACUAUUGGCGUGCGAUGCGCUGUCAUUGUUGGAGGCAUGGAUAUGGUCGCGCAGUCUAUCGCCCUAGGCAAAAAGCCUCAUAUCGUCGUAGCCACACCCGGUCGACUCCUUGACCACCUCGAGAACACCAAGGGUUUCUCCCUCCGUAAUCUCAAAUUCCUCGCCAUCGACGAGGCCGACCGCAUGCUCGACAUGGACUUUGGCGACUCUAUCGACAAGAUUCUCAAAGUCCUCCCCCGCUCCCGCCGUACCUACCUCUUCUCCGCAACCAUGAGCUCCAAGGUCGAAUCCCUGCAGCGCGCCUCCCUCUCCAACCCGCUCCGCGUCUCCGUCUCCUCGAACAAAUACCAAACCGUCUCCACCCUACUCCAGUCCUACCUCUGCAUCCCGCACAAGCACAAAAACCUUUACCUCGUAUACUUGCUGAACGAGUUUGCGGGCCAAUCCGCGAUUAUUUUCACGACGACCGUGCACGAGGCGCAGCGCGUGGCCUUCAUGCUUCGCGCGCUCGGAUUCGGCGCUAUCCCAUUACACGGCCAGCUUUCGCAGUCUGCCCGGUUAGGUGCACUUGGGAAAUUCCGCGCCCGGAGUCGUGAUAUCCUUGUUGCCACGGACGUCGCGGCCCGUGGUCUGGACAUUCCUUCGGUCGACGUCGUGUUGAACUUCGAUCUGCCCACAGACAGCAAAACGUAUAUCCACCGUGUAGGACGUACGGCACGUGCGGGCAAGAGCGGUGUGGCAAUUAGUUUUGUGACUCAGUAUGAUUUCGAAGUCUGGAUGCGGAUUGAAUGGGCACUAGGGAAGAAGCUGAAGGAGUACGAUACCGAGAAGGACGAAGUCAUGGUUCUGGCGGAGAGGGUUGCAGAGGCCCAGCGACAGGCGAUCAUGCAGAUGAAGAGCUUCGACGAAAAGAGAGGCACUCGGGGGAAGAAGUUCGGUAAAGGGAAACGGUCUCGCGAUGAUAUGGACCAGGAGGAGGGUUAG